CUGACAGCCGUUUGACAGUUCCCUCUGCUUUUGGGUUUCGCGAUUUCGCUAAUGUUUUGCUUCGGUUUUGGGGAAACAGGAAAACAUUUUCCCUUUUUUCGAGAUUUUGAUACAUUUUCCGGGAAGAAUCUUCAGUUCGGCGGCUGAAAUCCACAAUGGCGCACAGUUCCUUCCACGAAGAAGAUCGAUUCAACGACUUUUACAGCGAGGUGAAAGAAAUCGAAAAGCGCGACUCGGUGCUCACUUCUAAGCAGCAGAUCGACCGUUUGCUCCGUCCCGGUGCAACUUAUUUUAAUCUGAACCCGUUUGAGGUUCUUCACUUGGAGCCGGAUACUCCAAUUGAGCAGAUCAAGAAAAAAUAUCGUACCUUAUCGAUUCUGAUCCAUCCGGAUAAGAAUCCGGACAAUCAAGAGCGCGCCCAGCAAGCAUUCGAAGUGGUCAAUAAAGCGUGGAAGACUUUAGAGAAUGAGGCCACCCGGAAGCAGUGUUUGGAUGUUUACGAGGAGGCAAAAGGGCGCACGGAUUUGAUGAUCACAGAGAAACGGAAAAAGCUCCGGAAGGAAGGCAAACAGGAAACCAUUCCGGAGGAUGAUCCCGGCAAGUACAAGCAUGCAGUGUACGUGAUGGUGAUGAAACUAUUUGCCGACAUGGAACGGCGCCGUCAGCAGCUGGACCUUCGCGACCAGGAAGAACGGAAACGCAAACGGGAGCAGGAAAUCGAAGAGGAAGAACAGCGCAACUUCCAGAAGGAGUGGCAGAAGAACUUUGAGGAAUCUCGCCAGAAUCGCGUCAACAGUUGGCAAAGCUUUCAGGCGUCCGCCUCGUCCAGUAAACCGAAGAAGGCCAAAAAGACCAAGUACACCUCUUUCAAUCCUCCCAAGAUCAAGCCGGAAUCGCGAUAAACUCCAGACGGCAGUUGUCCAUCCAGGCUUGGUUUUUUUUCUUUUAUGAUUUUCCGUUCAUUCCUUCUACUAUGUCAGAAACAAAGUCUCAAAACCAGUAAAGGUACUUGACUAACACUAUUCAGGGACUAAAUUUCUUAUUCGUACAGAGCACUGUUUUUACAUCAAGUUGGUAAGAAACUAUCAAUUGGGAGAUUGGAUUCAAAAAUCUUUAUUAAGAAUGAAGAUCAUAGGUGUCAUCUAUUGUUCGACAACCAUAAACUGUUUCCAUUUACUUUAAUUUUUCGAAUAAUCGAAAAGUAUUCAAUUUUUGUCUAAAGUGUACCCGAUUCCAUAUUCGUAGCCCCUCAAGCCCUUCUUCGACAGGUACAGGCUACUAUUAUUCUGAACAGCACUGUACAUCUGAACAACGCAAUGAAGAACUUGAGCUAUCACAUAACGCAUUAAAGUUUAGUUUUAAAAGUUGUGUAUUUGUGUUUUAUAGUUGUAUGCAUAUGGAAAUGGGCCAAUUUCAGACAAACUCAAUAUAUUUCUAUUAUUCCAAAGAUGGAAGUAUAUGAAAACAGUUAGUGAUUGCCGAAUAAUAGAUGACACAUAUGACCUUUAUUAUCGGUAAAGUAUUUCGAGGCCGAUAUCUUGGUCGAUACAUCAUUUGAUAGUUUUUCAUCAAAUUGAUUCAAAAAAAAAUGCCCUAUACGAAUAUGAAUUGGAGUAACCGUAUAUUAUUUACCAGAAGCAACGACAAGCAGAGCUACAUUAUUUUUGUAACGCAACACAUAACGGAUCAAACUAGCUGAGGUCAUGCAUUUUUUAUAAUUCGCUCACUAAUAAUCAAACCCCGUUGCUAAUCGGAUCGGAUCAGGCGAGGUUCGACGUUUGUAGAAUUCCUAUGGCUACGACAAAAUGGUGUGCAGAGAAUGCAGGGGGUAAACGAAAGUCUACAGCUGGCAAGCAGCAACGGUAAUAAAAAAAAUGGCAUUAAGGGCCUUUCGCGUUUAAGAUAGUUUUUAUGUACUAAGGUAAUAUUGAUGAGAGAGAGAGAUACAAUGAUCACAAUUUAUAAUGUGUGAAACUGAAAUAGUAAUAAAUACGUACACAAAA